AAAACAUCAGUGUGAUAACAAAAUUUCACAAAUGUAUAAUGAUUUCCAUUAAUGAGUGGCUACCUAAUUAGUAACUCAGAAAAAAUGUUGACAUUUUAUUAGCAUUUGUCAUAAGCUAAAUAUUGAAUACUCGCUCUCUUAUAAACAUAUUAUACUUUUAGGAUUUUGGAGGAGUACAUUUACAAAGAAAAGGGAGCAAUUUUAAUUUAGACUUUAUCAUGUUUUAAAAGAGUACAUUUCUACCAACAGUUUUGAAACUGGGAACUGGCUACUGCAGACUCUACUGGACUUUUAUCUAAAAUAACUACAGAAAGUAUAUAAUGUCUAAAAAGCAAAAUGAGAAAAGUAGUCAUUAUGUGAGGUUAAUAUAAGCUUAUAAGCAAUAAUUUUGUUAUUGUUUGGUCUCAUCUUUUCUAAAUUAGGACUACCCAGUUUUCUAAUAGAGAAAAAAAAAUGGCUAAUACCAACUUCUAAUGUGAUGUACAAAAGUAACUGCCCCUGUUAUUACUUACGGUUCAGAACCAUACUGAUUAUACCAAGGAGUAUGGCAAAAGAUACAGAGACAAAGAUCUAAUUCUAGUCUGCACCCUUGCUUGUGAAAAUAUGGUGAGAGUAUUACUAAGGCUUCAUUAAAGGAAGGUUUUACAUGGGGACUUGGAAUUUAACUUAACCUACUAGAACUGUUAUGAGUGCUGUGAUAGAUCAAGUUACUGUCCUACUGGAACAAGUCUAGGCUCUUAUUGGUUGCCUAGUGAAGUUACCAGAAACUGAAAGUAGAAAUGGCUUAAAUUCCCAGUAUGUUUCACAAUAUCUUUUUUGGUGGAGUAAGAAGUAUUCUGAGCAUUUCUUGCUUGUCCUGUGGUUUAUUGUUUCAGAUAUAGUGACAGUAUAUUUUAUGUAGGACAUGUAAAAUGUAUUGAAGUUGUUGGGAUUACAUUUAACCAUUUAAAAUUAAAAUAUAAGUGGAAGUUAGUGAAGUUUUAUUUUGCCUAAUUCAAACUUGUGUGCAGGCUUUUUGGAUAUGAUUUUUUCCCUUUACAAAUAAGAUUCUCUAACUUAUUUCGCAGAUGUUGUUAAUGAGUGCUAGUCAGUGAUUUCUGGGGGGCACAGUGCCCUCAGAAGAAGGCCUUAACAUUUCAAGAACUAUUCUCAAUAUGUGGGUUGAAAGGGUUUUUUGUUUUUGUUUUCCACUUAGUCCUCUGAAAAUAUCCUGAAUCCUGUGACUGGGAAGGCUUACCUUGCCUGUUUUUGCCCUUAUUUGAUCACCCCAUCUUCCUGGACUCCCUGUAGCCACACACCACUUACUGUCACUUGGUUCAUGUUGGUGACAUUCCCAAUUUCAGAACCUUGUCAAAAUCUUUGCUAGCAAAAACCUAUAUUUUUGUAGAUUUGGAGUCGAUCAAAAUCAAGAUGCCCUAAGAGGCGAGGCUCAGUGAACACCUUUGUCUUGGAAUGUACAGCUAUUUUCACAGCAGCCUGAUGUCCCAGGCCCAGUUAGGCAUUGAAAAGAUGCGUUUAAUCACAAACUCAGGAAGCUGUUUAAGACUAUGUGUGCGCACACACGUGCACGCAUUCAAGCAUGCUUAUGUGAGCAUAUCUACUCCUCCACCAUGCAGAGGUAAAGCAGCUCUGGAAACAAAACUGUUUGUCUCUAGUGCAGAAAUGUCCCUGCUUUUCUCUCAGACUAGUAUGGCGGCACUGAAAGCUCUGGCCUCACCAUUCAAAGUGUCAUCUGCCUGGACCAAUAGCAUCUGGGUCUUAUGGAAAUUUGUUAUAUAUACAGAAAGCAAGCCCCACCCCAGGCCUAUUGAAUCAUAAUCAAGAAUUCUGGUGUGGUUCAUAUGCACUUUAAGGUUUGAGAAGCCCUGGCCUUUUAGAAGUAUGGUUCACAGGCACGUUUGGUGAUUCUGAGAAAAGCCUUAAUUUUCCUUAGUAUAUAUAAAUUCAAGGCAUAGCCUAUAUUUGAGCAGUCACUGAAUUUGUUACCUAUAAUCCAAAGUGGGGUCAGAGAGCACAUCAAUUCCUUAAAAACUCUGAAGAAGGUGCACUCUUUCCCUUUUCUAUCCUUUAACACCUUAACAUUUCAUUUUAGCAUUCUUCCCUUAAAAAAAAAAAAAAAAAAAAAAGCAGUUUAGGGUGUCCAGAAUGGCAAAGUCUCAAAAAGAGCCCAGGUGAUGUCUCACCUCUUUACACACUUAAGGCUCUGUCCCACUGAGAACGGAGGAAAGUACUGUUUUCCGAAGCAACGGAGGGAGAGGCACUCAGGGACAGAGAAGUUGAAGAUGGGAGAAAGACGGAAACGAAAGUAGCCAAAAGUAGUCAAGAGGUCAAAAGCCUCUCAUGAGGCAAAUGGUGGUAGAAAGUCAAGGGUAGAAAAACAAGUGUCAAAUGGCAUCCCCUACUCCCCUCCCACGCACCCCAACGACUCAACAGCUAAGACUGCUUGUUUAUGAAGCUUCCUGACCAAGAGCUGAGGUUUGCUUUCGAAAGGAAAAAUGGGUCUGGCUCUCUUUUUAUCCCAGAAAAUUGUCUCGGCUUUAGUCUGGGACAUCUGGUCAUCAACCUGCCCUGUCCAGGCCGCCCGCGCAGGGCCUUGCCCGCGGCGCCCUGAUGGAGGCCGCAGCUGGUGCCCUCUGUAGCCAAGGCGCCCAGCCCGCCUCGAGGGGCGCAGUCUCGGCUCAGCGCUGACCGCUCAGCCCACCGAGGGGCCGCUCUGAAAAUGCACCACAGUGGCGAAGCGGCGAGUCUGGUUAACCCGUCUCCGCCCAUGCUCAGGACCCCACCCAAUGUCCCCAAGCGCUGCUCUCACUCUGGGAGCUGCCCCAGGUACGGGAAGGACAGACGCGCUCGCUCGAAGCCAGAAGCUCCCCCGGCUGAGGUGCCCAUGCCGCGCCUCCAGCACGGGAAGAGCGUGUGCCCCUGGGAUCUGCACCAGACGCAGCUCGACCCGCGCUCCCUCACUCCCCCGGGCGGAGCCCGCCCUCGGGCCGGCCAGCUCUCGGGGCCGAGUGGAGCUCCGGGCGGCGCUCCUCUUGCUCGUUCCCGCGCGGCUCGGCGUCGGACGAAAGCCGCGGGAGGGCAGGUCAGCGAGCGCCGGGCCGCGGGAGGCAGUUUUGGGCAGAAAAAAGCCUCUGCCGCUGUUGGCCCUCUGGCUCAGGCCGAGGGCUGGGCUCCUCUGUAGAGCGGAUGCUGAGAGACCUCCUCCCUACACCUCGGGGUCUCUUUGGGCCUCGUGCUAUUUAUUUGUGCCAACAUCCUUUUAAAUUGGUUUUUUUCUAUUCCUCUUUAGAUUCUUUUUCCUUUUAAAAUUACUGGCAUGGAUGCUUUUUCUCCCCUCCAGAUUAUAUAAACAUUAAACACACACACACACACACACACACACACACACACACACAUACACACACACACACAUACACGUUUUCAGUAGCGAUUACUGUGUUGACACCACUUCCACUCUGUCUCCCCAGAUCAGCGCUUCUGACGAGCCCAUUUGCACGGGGACUCGGCCCUCUCUUUUCCUGGCGAAGCUUUUGAACCUGUCGCCAAGCCAGUACCUCAGAGAGAAGGAUAUGCAGAGGGACGAGAAGGAUGCAUGGCGCCUACCCCCAGUUAGAUGCUCUUCAGAUAAUCUGCAACCAAGUUCGCUGAUAAAAUAUUUAGUAAAGACCCGGUAAACAUCACUGCAAAUACAUUAAGGCAUUUUAGCCCGACAGCUUAUGAUUAUUUCAAAACUUAAAAAGGAGAUCAUAGAUUGUCACUGUUUCUGUGCUCAAACAAGAAACCGAACCUUCCUGAGGUGGGUGGAUUGGUGGGUGAGUUGCUGCUUUUCGCCCCCUCUUCUCCCCCCCUUCUGCUUGUCGCUGUGGCUCUCAGCAGCAGGGAUUUAUUUAUUUAUGUUUGCAGUUUAAAAGGUGGGGGUGGGGGCGCCGAGGACACGUAGGACCUGCUCACAAAGCACCAGCUCAGGUGUUGUGUGCUUUUGUAUUAGCUGGAAAAGACAGACUCUGGAACUUUUACAGGGCGAGAAGAGGCCACCGGCUCGCGCUUUGUAUACUUUGCACUUGAAAUCGUUACAUUCAACUGAAUAUUUGGCUCAUUCAGAUCCGAAAAGUCUCCUAGCAUCGUCGAAUUCCCUCCUCCGCCCCUCCGCUCUAAAUGGGGGAAGGGGGGGAAGGUAGGAAAUGUUUAGUAAAUUGCACAUCUUUGAAUCUUCCUAAAGCAGUGGUCACAAAGCUUAAAGGUGACACAACAGUGCUCACGUAAACCAACACACAUUCCCCACCCCCCAAGCCAACAAUAAAAUCAUCCCCUUCAAUUUGCCAUGAUCGUCGCUACCAGGAGCCAGGUGAUUAUCCUAAUUAAUGUCUAUCUAAUUAAAUUACUGUCAGCAGUUAACCAAUGGCAGGAGCCGUUUCAUCGGCUGCACAAGCAGCAAGAUCAAAAGUGAGCCUUUUCUGAUUGCUGCAUAGUGUCAAUUGGCCAAUCUCUUCUCCCAGGGAAAAAAAAAGUAAAUCAAACCUUUGAGAAGCAUUUGCUGGUUGAAGUGCUUUCUGUCUAGUGAGGGGGUCUGUGGAUUUCUAGUUUAUGAUAAAUAGGACUUUAAAAACCAGGAACGGGAGGGCGAGUGUUCAGGUUCUAGAGCUAUGCAGCUGGAGCACUGCCUUUCUCCUUCUAUCAUGCUCUCCAAGAAAUUUCUCAAUGUGAGCAGCAGCUACCCACAUUCAGGCGGAUCCGAGCUUGUCUUGCACGAUCAUCCCAUUAUCUCGACCACUGACAACCUGGAGAGAAGUUCACCUUUGAAAAAAAUUACCAGGGGGAUGACGAAUCAGUCAGAUACAGACAAUUUUCCUGACUCCAAGGACUCACCAGGGGACGUCCAGAGAAGUAAACUCUCUCCUGUCUUGGACGGGGUCUCUGAGCUUCGUCACAGUUUCGAUGGCUCUGCUGCAGAUCGCUACCUCCUCUCUCAGUCCAGCCAGCCACAGUCUGCGGCCACUGCUCCCAGUGCCAUGUUCCCGUACCCCGGCCAGCACGGACCGGCGCACCCCGCCUUCUCCAUCGGCAGCCCCAGCCGCUACAUGGCCCACCACCCGGUCAUCACCAACGGAGCCUACAACAGCCUCCUGUCCAACUCCUCGCCGCAGGGAUACCCCACGGCCGGCUACCCCUACCCACAGCAGUACGGCCACUCCUACCAAGGAGCUCCGUUCUACCAGUUCUCCUCCACCCAGCCGGGGCUGGUGCCCGGCAAAGCACAGGUGUACCUGUGCAACAGGCCUCUUUGGCUGAAAUUUCACCGGCACCAAACGGAGAUGAUCAUCACCAAACAGGGAAGGCGCAUGUUUCCUUUUUUAAGUUUUAACAUUUCUGGUCUCGAUCCCACGGCUCAUUACAAUAUUUUUGUGGAUGUGAUUUUGGCGGAUCCCAAUCACUGGAGGUUUCAAGGAGGCAAAUGGGUUCCUUGCGGCAAAGCGGACACCAAUGUGCAAGGAAAUCGGGUCUAUAUGCAUCCGGAUUCCCCCAAUACUGGGGCCCACUGGAUGCGCCAAGAAAUCUCUUUUGGAAAAUUAAAACUUACGAACAACAAAGGAGCUUCAAAUAACAAUGGGCAGAUGGUGGUUUUACAGUCCUUGCACAAGUACCAGCCCCGUCUGCAUGUGGUGGAAGUGAACGAGGACGGCACGGAGGACACCAGCCAGCCCGGCCGCGUGCAGACAUUCACCUUCCCUGAGACUCAGUUCAUCGCCGUCACCGCCUACCAGAACACGGAUAUUACACAACUGAAAAUAGAUCACAACCCCUUUGCAAAAGGAUUUCGGGAUAAUUAUGACACGAUCUACACCGGCUGUGACAUGGACCGCCUGACCCCCUCGCCCAACGACUCGCCGCGCUCGCAGAUCGUGCCCGGGGCCCGCUACGCCAUGGCCGGCUCUUUCCUGCAGGACCAGUUCGUGAGCAACUACGCCAAGGCCCGCUUCCACCCGGGCGCGGGCGCGGGCCCCGGGCCGGGUACAGACCGCAGCGUGCCACACACCAACGGGCUGCUGUCGCCGCAGCAGGCCGAGGACCCGGGCGCGCCCUCGCCGCAGCGCUGGUUUGUGACGCCGGCCAACAACCGGCUGGACUUCGCGGCCUCGGCCUACGACACGGCCACGGACUUCGCGGGCAACGCGGCCACGCUGCUCUCCUACGCGGCGGCGGGCGUGAAGGCGCUGCCGUUGCAGGCUGCAGGCUGCACUGGCCGCCCGCUUGGCUACUACGCCGACCCGUCGGGCUGGGGCGCCCGCAGCCCCCCGCAGUACUGCGGCACCAAGUCGGGCUCCGUGCUGCCCUGCUGGCCCAACAGCGCCGCGGCCGCCGCGCGCAUGGCCGGCGCCAACCCCUACCUGGGCGAGGAGGCCGAGGGCCUGGCCGCCGAGCGCUCGCCGCUGCCGCCCGGCGCCGCCGAGGACGCCAAGCCCAAGGACCUGUCCGAUUCCAGCUGGAUCGAGACGCCCUCCUCGAUCAAGUCCAUCGACUCGAGCGACUCGGGGAUUUACGAGCAGGCCAAGCGGAGGCGGAUCUCGCCGGCCGACACGCCCGUGUCCGAGAGCUCGUCCCCGCUCAAGAGCGAGGUGCUGGCCCAGCGGGACUGCGAGAAGAACUGCGCCAAGGACAUUAGCGGCUACUAUGGCUUCUACUCGCACAGCUAGGCCGUCCCUGCCCGCCCCGGCCCCGCCGCGGCCCGGACCCCCAGCCAGCCCCACACAGCUCUUCCCCAGCUCCGCCACCCCAUACUCCUCCUUGCGCACCCCCUCAUUUUAUUUGACCCUCGAUGGCCGUCUGCAGCGAAUAAGUGCAGGUCUCCGAGCGUGAUUUUAACCUUUUUUUGCACAGCAGUCUCUGCAAUUAGCGCACCGACCUUCAACUUUGCUGUAAACCUUUUGGUUUUCCUACUUACUCUCCUUCUGUGGAGUUAUCCUCCUACAAUCCUCUUCCCCCUCGCCUUUCUCUUACCUCCUACUUCUCUUUCUUGUAAUGAAACUCUUCACCUUUAGGAGACCUGGGCAGUCCUGUCAGGCAGCAGCGAUUCCGACCCGCCAAGUCUCGGCCUCCACAUUAACCAUAGGAUGUUGACUCUAGAACCUGGACCCACCCAGCGCGUCCUUUCUUAUCCCCGAGUGGAUGGAUGGAUGGAUGGAUGGUAGGGAUGUUAAUAAUUUUAGUGGAACAAAGCCUGUGAAAUGAUUGUACAUAGUGUUAAUUUAUUGUAACGAAUGGCUAGUUUUUAUUCUCGUCAAGGCACAAAACCAGUUCAUGCUUAACCUUUAUUUCCUUUUCUUUCUUUGCUUUUCUUUCUCUCCUCUCUCAUACUUUCUCUUCUCUCUCUCUUUUAAUUUUCUUGUGAGAUAAUAUUCUAAGAGGCUCUAGAAACAUGAAAUACUCAACAGUGAUGGGUUUCCCACUUCUCCUCAAUCCGUUGCAUGAAAUAAUUACUAUGUGCCCUAAUGCACACAAAUAGCUAAGGAGAAUCCACCCAAACACCUUUAAAGGAUAGGUGUCUGUUCAUAGGCAAGUCGAUUAAGUGGCAUGAUGCCUGCAAAGCAAAGUCAACUGGAGUUGUAUGUUCCCCCCCUUCCUUCUAAAUAGAAUAGCUCGACAUCAGCAAUAUUAUUUUGCCUUAUUUGUUUUUCCCCAAAGUGCCAAAUCCAUUACUGGUCUGUGCAGGUGCCAAAUAUGCUGACAAACUGUUUCUGAAUAUCUUUCAGUACCCCCUCCACCUUUAUAUGCUGUAAAUCUUUGUAAUGAAUACUCUAUUAAUGAUAUAGAUGACUGAAUUGUUGGUAACUAUAGUGUAGUCUAGUGAAGAUGAAUUGUGUGAGUUGUAUAUUUUACUGCAUUUUAGUUUUGAAAAUGACUUCCCCACCACCUAGAAAGAGCUGAAAUUUGACUUCCUUGGGAGAACACUAGCAUUAAUGCAAGUAAGACUGAUCUUCCCCUAAGUCUUGUUAUAUUUGAUAAGGAGCAUUAAUCCCCCUGGAAAUAGAUUAGUAGGAUUUCUAAUGUUGUGUAGCAAACCUAUACUCUUUUGUAUUUAAAAAUUAAUGUGAAAUAUGCAUCAUACACAAUAUUCAAUCUAGAUUCCAGUCCAUGGGGGGAUUUUUUCCUAAUAGGAAUUCAGGGUCUAAACGUGUGUAUAUUUUGGCUCUUCUGUAAAUCUAAUGUUGUGAUUUUUAUAUUUGUUUCGUUUUGUCUGUGAACUGAAUAAUUUAUACAAGAACACACUCCAUUGAGAAACGUUUUGUUUUUUGCUCGUUUGUAUUGUCUGUGUAUAACAAGUAAAAUAAACCUGGUAAAAACACUAACUAUGGUGUUUGAAAGCAGUUUACAGUUUGAAAAUAAUUUAAUUAUUAUAGGUGAUGAUAUUUAAGGGUUAAGGAAGACUAGCCCGUCCCCAGUCCAAUAUGGGCAGCCUGUGUAAUGGAAGCCACCUCCCAUUCCCCCAUUAAAUUUGUUUUAUAGUACUUCCAGGAACUACUUUUUUCUUCUUAUUUAUAAUUAUUUGGCUACCUAUGAGCCAAAUUUCACUUUUCUGUGCUUAUUUUCUUUUUUCAGGAAAACAUAUGCACUUUUCUCAUCAUAUUUAUCUGAUUCUCUCUGAAGUUGGAAGUAAUGCGAACAGGAAAAGGAGGUUCUUUAAAUAAGGAGUUAAGAAUUUCUUUAAAUUUCACAGAGUAAGGCGGGAGGCGUUGGCUGAAAGUAGGGUGUAAUUUAAAUGCAUGUCAAAAUAGGAUGUUGACCGCAGAUUUAGUAAAUUCUGGUUGUACAUACGAGGCCUUGGAGGUGAGUGGCGAAUCUGUAAACGCAGACACAGAACAGCCUACGUUUCUCGAGUGGAUGGUUUCCGAAGAUUGGGCAGGGGUAGGAUGGCGAAAGACCCGUAGAACAAACUCGCGAAAGGGCCGUUUUUUAACCACUGAACUUAGAACUGCUUCUGGGAGGUAUCUGGGGUGGGGGUAGGGACACUGCUCUGUCCCUUCUGUAGUGGAAUCUUAUGCCAGUCCUAUCCAGGCCAGAUCCACACCUGGGGAACAAAUGUAGAAAUGCGAAAUUCCAACCUGGAGGGCGCUGCGUCUUAGUGGAGCCCGCAGAACUGUUUACCUCGUGGAGAAGAGACUUUUGUACUUUUGUCUCCAAAGAAAGGUGAUCCAGGCAAGAGGCGGAAAAUGGUUAGAUAUUCUUGCUUUGUCUGGGCCAGCCUCAGGUUACAGAACUAAAUUUACCUUUACCUAGACAUUGUCCUGUGUCCUCUCUGCAGUUUGACGGAUGUAAAGAGGCCUCAAAUUUCUAAUUAAAAUGAAAAUUCGUGGGAGGAUAAAACUAACUUGCCUUCCCUGGACAAUUCCACCACUAGACGGCGUUCCGUGGAGUUUUGUCUGCCACAUAGAAAAGCGAGGACUGAAUUUCCUUUGUGUUUCUUUUCCCUCCUCACAUCUAAGAACUAAGUAAGAGGACAAAAGUACAAGACACAGUGCAUGUGUGGCGACUGAAGUGGAGCAGUGCAUUUGUGUCAUCACCCACUCGACCCUGGCUGCGCUCCUCCGACCCCGCCGCCCACUCCUGCCGAGGAGGAGGAGCACGUGCGGUCGGUGGGGCGCAGGGCCGGGGAGCCAGCGGGAUGCCGGGGCUCUAGGCCGCGGGGCCGCGGGGGCCGCCCUCUGCUCUCCGCCCAGGCCGGGUCGCGGGAGCGCCGGAGCUCGGGAGCCCAGGAGCCCGGAAACCCGGCGCUGCCCGGCCCUGCCCGCCGCCCUCUGGACAAUCACCUUGAGCAAAAGAGUCGGUGUCAUGUGCGUAAACGAAGCUCUUAGGAGCCGAGGAUAGAUUUCACAGGAACGUAGUGCCUUGUUCUGAAAGACGCGCUUUGGUUGAUAUUAGGAAGUAUUUUUAAAAAAUUGGGGAGGUCGUUUCCCUUGCAGCUCUGCCACCAUCUGCUGUGUGGACUGAGUCAGCGUGAGGUAAAUUUGCAGCUUCGCGCUCCUCUCGGAGGCAUUGUGAUUUCUUGUCCCUUUAAAACAUGAUCAUUUCUCCUCGCUUCCAAAAAGUCUUGGGUGUCUGGUGAAAUGACACUGUCAGUGCGUCUGAGAGGCUACUGCUGUUCCAAGGAAAUCAAAGUCUAGAUUUGGGAGGCCGUUUGGGAAUCAAAGUUCGCGUCCCCUGUUAGAGUUGCCUUUUCUCUCCUGAGACAGCCUGAGAGGAACGACGAUUCCUUUCCGUAAACCCAGAUUUCCUCAGUUUUUAACAGUGUAUUUUCAAAAAGAGGUAGAAAGACGACGAACGUGCGGCUAGCACUGUAUUCUGGCUCGUGCCUUCCCGCCACUCGCAAUCCGCGCCAUCUUAACUAAUUUUCAAUGUCCCUCGGGGCUGAGCGUGCAGGCGGCGGGUGCUGCUCGGGCCAGGAGAUGCUGCGGCCUGGGUUCUCAACCUUCUGGUUGGACGCCGCCCGUCGGGGUAGACAGAGGCGGGAACAAAGCGCGCUGCGGCGGUGGGAGGCAGGCUGGUCUUGCCCCCACAGGCGAGGUUGCAGCUUGGCCCUGGUGCACCCGAGCCCAGAGCAGCGGGGACGGGCGUCCGGAGAGCUCGCCCGGGUGCGGGGUGGCUCCUGUGGCCUGGGCCGGGGCUUUCCUGCUUUGCCGUCGGGCCGGCAGCGGCGCCCGGGGCUGUCCCAGUCAGGGAUCCAGGUCAGAGGUCCAGGCUGAGAAGCAGGCUGUGGGGCGAGACUGGAAGUCCAGGCCUAACUCAGGCCGCGGGUCUCAGCCCGAGUCCAGGCAGUUCUCUGAGUACCCCCGACCGCAGCAUGGGUUGAGAAGGGCCGCGGCCUGGGCCCUGGCCUAAGCGCGCAGCCUCUCUCCGCUGCUCUUUCAGAGCCAGGCCUGGCAGCCGAAUAGGAUUUAGGGCGUGGACUUCUGUUUCGGACUACCAGAAACUUACUUAACAGUUUGUUUCAAAAAUCAGGUUGUUUCUAUCUUUUUAGGACCGACUUACAUCACUGGAGCUUUUAAAUUGUAGCAAUUUAGAGUCUAUAGAUAACUUUCUGAACCUCUUAUCCCCUGCAGUUAACCUUUUCAUAUAAAUAUCACUGCUACAACUCUUUGUGACCCACCUUUUUUGGGGGUGAUAUUGAGUAUUUAUAUUUUUAGCACUGAAGCUUUAAAGGAUGCUCUGCUUUCUGCUUAAGAUGCAGGUUUGGAACAAAAGCUUCGUUGAACAGAGACCGUUUCUAUUCCCAGAGUUUAAAAUGCUUCAUAGGUAUUUGGACAACAUAUGUGUUCAUGAGUGAUUUUUAUAAGAUGUUCAGCCUGUUCUAUCUAGUGCAGCACCUUUUGUGUGUGUAUUUGAGUUACUUUGUCAUAUAGGCAUUUUGGCCAUGAGACGAGGGAAAAAACGUAGAACCCAUGCUCUUGUAUGAAAACAAACCUAUGUAGACUCCCGUGAAAGAAACAGCAACAAUUAUUAUUUUUAGACAAAUGUACUUAUGAAGUAGUCAGCAACUUUAAAGGUAGUGAUCAAUUUUAAACAUAUUUAAUUGACCCUGGUAUGUUGGUGAUUGCUUGGCUAAUUUUGAUGUUUAAAAGAGUAAUAUUUUAGCCUAAUAUCAGUAAAAUCAGUUUUUAAAAAAGUAACUGAUACUUUUUAAGGAAGUUGAAUGUAUGUGAUUUAUUGAAGUUAUAGUCUGAGUGCAACAAGAUUUACUUUUGGACAGUCGGGUUUUCUUUUACCAGAACAAAAUAAGAGUCUCUCAGAGAAGACUAGGCAAAAUUUUAGGCAUUGCAUUAUAUUUGGUUUAAUUCAGUUGCUCUGAGAUUUGUGUGUUUUCCUGGUUCCCGUCCUCAGUUUGUAUGUUAGGUUGCCACACACAUUAAAAAAUAUAUUCACUUGAAAGAAAACCCCAUUGCUUUCACAAUAAAGUAAACUUGAUGGUGUACAAGUCACUGGUCUCAUCUGAGCUGAUUAUAUCUUCCUUGCGUGUAUUUUACACCCACAGUAUGGUUUGCAGUGGUGUUCAAGGCAUGGCGUGAAAAAUUUGAUUUGAAUAGUUCUAUUAAAGCAAUGAAAAAAAAAAAACAUGGCUUAAUAGACCUUCUAGUGAUAGCUCCCCCUCUUAC